CCGUUUCCUUGUUUCGGUUGGUAACUACGCAGGCGUACGGGGUCGCCGCUGCAGCCCGAGCUUGGACCUCCAGGCCAUCCUAACCUCUCCGGGCCUCCAGUGUACGCCCUGGGCGCCCGCCCAACCGUGGCCGUCGUUCUUCCCCGGCCCUCCGAGCUCGCCUGGGCUGGGGCCGGGUGCCGCGAGCUAGGGGCGGACUGCACGGGCCGAGGCCGGGGGCGGUGUUCGGGUUGAGCUUGAGACCCGGGACGUCGGCGCGCCUCGCUCCACCCCGGACGGGGCGGGGCGGCGAAGUUCCGCCCAGUAGUCCGGGGGCCCUGGACUGCCCCGAGGGCUACUCCUACCUCUUUCCGUCGCUGCGGCGACCCCGGGCCCCAAGGGCGGGCCCCAACGGCUGGAGAGCCCGAAGGGGGCAGAGGCACGCGGGCCAUGCCCUGGUCGCCGCAUGCCGUCAUCCUUCGGGACCUGGUCUUGGGCGCGUUUGGCACCAUCGCCUUCUUGCUCGACCUGGGCACCGACCUGUGGGUCGCGGUGCAGUAUGUGCUCAGCGGCCACUACCUGUGGGCCGUGCUGGUGCUGGCGCUGCUGUGCCUCGCUUCAGUCGUGUUGCAGCUCUUCAGCUGGAUCUGGCUGCGUGGUGACUCGGUCCAAAUGCAAGGGGCGGAGCCCCCGAGCCGCCGCCUGGCGCUGCUGCAUGCCCUGCAGCUGGGUUACCUGUACAGGUGCCUGCAGGGGCUGCACCAGGGGCUGCAGAUGUGGCGGCAGAAGACGCCCUCUGACUUUGACUACGCCGAUUACCUCUCGCUGGACAUCAGCAUGCUGCGGCUCUUCGAGACCUUCCUGGAGGCGACUCCACAGCUCACGCUGCAGCUUGCCAUUGUGCUGCAGAUCGGCCAGGUCAAGCCCUUCCAAUGGGUCAGCAUCUGUGCGUCCUUCCUGGGCAUCUCGUGGGCACUGCUGGACUACCAUCGGGCCUUGCGUACCUGCCUCUCUUCCAAAUCUCGCCUGGGCCUGGGCUCUUCUGCCGUCUAUUUCCUGUGGAACCUGCUGCUUCUGUGGCCCCGGGUCCUGGCCGUAGCCCUGUUCUCGGCCCUUUUCCCCUGCUACGUGGCCCUGCACUUCCUGUUUCUGUGGGUGGUGUUACUGUUCUGGGUCUGGCUGCAGGGCACAGACUUCAUGCCAGGCCCCAGCACAGAGUGGCUGUACCGGGCCACAGUGGCUGUCAUCUUGUAUUUCUCCUGGUUCAACGUGGCUGAGGGCCACACUCGAGGUCGGGCCACCAUCCACCUGGCAUUCGUCUUAAGUGACAGUGUUCUCCUGGUGAUCACCUGGGUGACUCAUAGCACCUGGCUGCCUGGCGGUAACCCAUUGUACAUAUGGCUGCUAGUGUCCGGCUUCAGCUUCCUCCUGGGCCUGGCCCUGCGCCUCGCCUACUACUGCUGGCUGCACCCCAGCUACUCUCAGAAGCCUGACCGGGUGGAUGGGGCCCGCAGCCUCCUUGCCCCAGAGCCGAGUCAGGUGCUCCACAAUAGGCGCAUGACUCAGCUGGCACGGAACUUUUUCUCUAAGGCUAAGGACGAGGCUGCUUCACAAGGGAGGGUGGAAGUGAAUGGCACCCUUUGAAGCCGGGUGAGACCCUAUCGCAGCUGCUCACCAUGUGCAAAGUGUGAUGUGGGCGGGUCCUGGGGGCUGAGGGCCAUGAGCGGGAUGGAGGACAUCUGAGAAAGUGGC